GUUUCGUAAUCACAACGCUGUAGUGGAAACCAAGACUGUUCUCAGGGCGGGUCUGCCGGUUUUGACCUAGCAGAAGUUACUUUUCGUGGCAGGUUAUGAUAAUUCGAUCAAGUUUAGGAAAAUGGUUACGGUUAGAUAAAAUGCAAAAACACACAACAUACUGUAUCUAGCUACAACCAGGUCUGCCCUGAGAACACUCUUGGUUUCUACUAAUGCGAUCACAACAGUUGAUCGAACUGUUGUGGUCACGACUUGUCCUGUCUUGCUCAGGACUAGUCUGACUGCUUGAAAUACAUAUCUCAAGAUAGGGCGGCUACUCGACUUCACAGGAAUUUACCUAAUGUAAUUUAUUCAUACAGGGAUGUCCAAGGAGACCAACACACAGGAGCAGUAACAUGGCUGCUGACGACAAAUCCUCCUCCUCAUCCUCUACGCUGGAUUGGAGUGUGGCGCCUCCUAUUUCCCCUGGCAGCCCAUCUCACCUGACACACUUCAAACCCCUGACUCCAGAGCAGGACGAGCCCCCGCUCCGAUCAGCAUACAGCUCCUUUGUCAACCUGUUCCGCUUUAACAAAGAGGAGGGGCGGCCACCCUCAGUGACAGAGAAACCGGAUGUGGUUGUGGCGUCACCCACUGGGGAGCGUAGGAACUGGACCAUACCAGCACACUCAAUCCACGGCUCUGGGGCGCAUAGGAAACAACACCACGAUCUUUUACGCAGGACUUCUACUGCUUCAGUGGACUGGCCAUUAUGGCCUGGUGAGGAGGGCCGUAGGAAAUCGGAAACCCCCCUGGGCACUCACGAUCCUCGUACGGCUGUUCAGCUCCGCACUGCUCUGAAGAGACUCAAGGAGAUCAUGGAGGGAAAGAGCCAGGACAGUGACCUGAAGCAGUACUGGAUGCCAGACAGCCAAUGUAAGGAGUGCUACGACUGCAAUGAGAAGUUCACCACCUUCCGCCGCCGCCACCACUGCCGGCUCUGUGGCCAGAUCUUCUGCAGCCGCUGCUGCAACCAGGAAAUCCCUGGCAAGUUCAUGGGCUACACGGGAGACCUGCGGGCCUGCACCUACUGCCGUAAGAUUGCUCUGAGCUACUCCCACUCUGCAGACUCUGGCUCCAUAGGGGAGGACCUGUCUGCUCUGUCUGACUCCUCACCCUGCUCCACCUGCGUCCUGGAGCCCAGUGAGCCUCGCACCCCGGUCGGUGGACGGAAGGCCAGCCGCAACAUCUUCCUGGAGGAGGACCUGGCCUGGCAGAGAAAAACUCCCAUUGGGAUGAGAAAGAAUUUGAUUCACCAGGACUCUCAGAACAGUGGCAUGAAUUCUAGACGGAGCACGCUACAAGAGGAUGGAGGCAAGUCCCCAAUAAGGAAGCGGUCAGCCAGUGUGACCAACCUGUCCCUGGACCGGUCUGGCUCCUCCAUGGUGCCCUCCUAUGACAGCUCAGUGAGCCCCCAGACCAGCAGGGCCAUGCCAAAACCUGACCACAGCGAAGAGGAGAGGAAGAUACUGUUGGACUCAUCCCAGCUCAAAGACCUGUGGAAGAAGAUUUGUCACAACACUACUGGUAUGGAGUUCCAGGACCACCGCUACUGGCUCCGUACAUACCCCAACUGCAUUGUGGGGAAGGAGUUGGUCAACUGGCUGUUAAGGAAUGGAACUAUCUCCACAAGGGCACAGGCGAUAGCCAUUGGUCAGGCUCUGGUAGAUGGUCGUUGGUUGGACUGUGUCACUCACCACGACCAGCUGUUCAGAGAUGAGUACGCUCUCUAUCGCCCCCUACAGAGCACAGACUUCUCUGAGACCCCGUCUCCUGACAGUGACAGUGUCAACUCUCUGGAGGGACACUCAGAACCUUCCUGGUUUAAAGACAUCAAGUUUGACGACAGUGACACAGACCAGGUGGCUGACGAGAAUGACUAUGUCAUGCCCAAUUCGUCCAGUCCUAGUAAGAGGACGUCAGUCAGCAGUUUCCAGUCAGCGGUGGACAGUGACUCUGCUGCCUCCAUCAAUCUCAAUAUGGAGCAGGACAAUGUCAACUUCCACAUCAAGAAACAGUCCAAGUACCCCCAUGUACCCCCGCACCCUACGGAGCAGAAAGAGUACCUGGUCUCAGAGGAAGGAGGACAGAAUAUCUCCAUUAGCGACGCUUUCAUCAAAGAGUCCCUGUUUAACCGUCGUGUGGAGGAGAAGCCUAAAGAGAUGCUGUUCACUCCUCUGGGCUGGCACCACAGCUCCCUGGACCAGCUCAGAGAGGAGAAUGGAGAGAAGAAGGCCAUGGAGAGGCUACUCUCUGCCAACCACAGUCACAUGAUGGCGCUGUUGCAGCAGCUGCUGUACAGUGAGUCCCUGUCCCUCUCCUGGCGUGACAUCAUUGUUCCCGUGGUGAGGCAAGUGGUGCAGACGGUGCGGCCAGACGUUCGCAGCUGUGAUGAUGACAUGGACAUCAGACAACUGGUCCACAUCAAGAAGAUUCCUGGAGGGAAGAAGUUUGACUCUGCCGUAGUGAAUGGCUUUGUCUGUACCAAGAACAUUGCCCACAAAAAGAUGAACUCGUACAUCAAGAACCCCAAGAUCCUGCUGCUGAAGUGUUCCAUAGAGUAUCUCUAUAGAGAGGAGACCAAAUUCACCUGCAUUGACCCCAUUGUGCUUCAGGAGCGUGAGUUUCUGAAGAACUAUGUUCAGCGUAUAGCGGACGUGCGUCCCAACCUGGUGCUGGUAGAGAAGACUGUGUCUCGUAUCGCUCAGGACAUGCUGCUGGAGCACGGGAUCACAUUGGUCAUCAACGUCAAACCACAAGUCUUGGACAGGGUGAGUCGUAUGACCCAGGGGGACCUAGUCAUGUCCAUGGACCAGCUGCUCACCAAGCCUCGACUGGGAACCUGCCAAAAGUUCUACCUACACUCUUUCCAGCUGGCCAAUAAUGAGUUGAAGACUCUCAUGUUCUUUGAGGGCUGCUCUCCCCAGCUGGGCUGUACCAUAAAGCUUCGCGGGGCAUCUGAGUAUGAGCUGGCCAGGGUUAAAGAGAUCAUCAUCCUCAUGGUGUGUGUGGCCUACCACUCCCAGCUAGAGAUAUCCUUCCUCAUGGAUGAGUUUGCCAUGCCUCCCAGCCUGGCCAAGACCAACUCCUUCCCCUGUCUCCUGGAGAGCACUACUGUUGAGGAGGAGGAGGAGGAGAGCCAGGAAAAUGGGACCGACCAGAGCACCCUCUCGCAGGGAGGAGAGACUGUGCUGGGGGAGGAGGAGGAGAAGUCUUCCCUUGGGAAAUCUGUAUCAGAGUCAUCCUCGCCUAAAGAUGUCCAUGGUGCAAAAGUCAACAAAAAACACUUCCUGUCCUCUUCUUCCUCCUUGGGGGCUGAGGGGGUGGAGUCAGCAGAGGUCAUGACCUCCACGCCGUUGUCCAAUCGCCAGGUGCUGCCACCUCCAGUGUCCCCACCCUAUCUUAUUGAUGACCUGGAGGAGUUGGUAGAUGAGAUUGGGUUGGGGAAGGGGGAGACUGAGGGGGGGAGCGGGUCGGGGGUUCUGGGGAGGGGUGAGUCGCGGGAGGAGAGCUCGGGUUCAGAGACGCCCCCCAGGCUGUUCAGAGACCCCCUUCAGGAUGACACAGGGCUGUUUGUCACAGAGCAGGUGGCCUCAACGGACGACCGUCUCAAGACGCUUACGGCAGGCUUCAAACAGGAGCUGAAGGACAUCAUCCUUUGUAUCUCCCCCUUUAUCACCUUUAGAGAGCCCUUCCUCCUCACGCCUGCUGGCCUACGCUGCCCCAGCAGAGACUACUUUCCUGAAAAGGUGUACCUCUCUCCGCUGCUCAACAAGGACUUCAAAGAACUGGACUGUCGACGUAAGCGACAACUCCUCAAAGAUUCCGCUCCGUCAGGUGGAGGCAUCGCCAACGGAGUCCCUCCCCCCCGCCCCUUCCAGGUGUUACCCUCCCACCACCUUACCAGCGCCCGCAUCGCAGAGCAGCUGGGCAGCAGCCAGGACCUGGCCAAGAUGCUGGCAGACUACCGUGCCCAGGGGGGCCGCCUCCGGCAGGAGGCAGACCCCUUCACCCAGCCCCUGCCUCAGCCACCAGUCCGGGAGGCUCCACCGCCCAAGCACCCCGUCAAGGCUGAUAGUGAGGAAGAGAAACCAGCAGGACAGAACGACAUGACCUGGGCCUCCAAGCUGGACUGCCUGAACCCGGUGAACCACCAGAGACUGUGUGUUCUGUUCAGCAGCUCCUCAGCCCAGUCCAACAACUCCCCCAACCCCUGCGUCAGUCCCUGGAUUGUCACGAUGGAGUUCUACGGAAAGAAUGACCUCACACUAGGAAUAUUCUUGGAGAGAUACUGUUUCAGGCCAUCCUAUCAGUGCCCUAGUAUGUUCUGUGAGACUCCCAUGGUGCACCAUGUGCGGCGAUUUGUCCAUGGCAGUGGCUGUGUUCAGAUCGUACUGAAGGAGCUGGACUCUCCUGUGCCUGGAUACCAACACACCAUCCUCAACUACUCCUGGUGCCGCAUAUGCAAACAGGUGACUCCUGUGGUGCCCCUGUCCAAUGACUCGUGGUCCAUGUCCUUUGCUAAGUACCUGGAGCUGAGGUUCUAUGGUCACCAGUAUACCAGGAGGGCUAAUGCUGAGCCCUGUGGCCACUCCAUCCACAAAGACUACCACCAGUACUUCUCCUACAACCAGAUGGUGGCCUCAUUCAGCUACAUCUCAGUGAGACUGCUGGAGAUCUGCCUCCCUCCUCCUAAGAUCUUCAUCAGGAACCAGGGGCCCUCCAAGGCAAGCAUGCAGCAGGACCUCAAGGACUUCUCACAGAAGGUGAAUCAGGUGUACCUGGCCAUAGAGGACCGCCUCACUUCCCUGAAGACGGACACCUUCAGCAAGACACGCGAAGAGAAGAUGGAGGACCUGUUUGCACAGAAAGACGUAGGUUCCCCCUCGAAGGGUGGGAGCUACACUCCAAAUAUGUCUGGUAUGGAGGAGGCAGAGCUGCGUAGCUGGAUAGAGAAGCUGCAGGCUCGUCUCCAGGCUUGUGGUAGUGACUCCCCCCAGCAGCUCCAGACUGUACUGGAAUCAGUGGUAGUGAAGAAACAGAGCCUGUGUGAAACACUGCAGUCCUGGAACAGCAGGCUGCAGGACCUAUUCCAGCAGGAGAAGGGCAGGAAGCGUCUGUCUGUCCCAGCCAGCCCUGGGAGACACAGACCGACAGACGACAGCAAGACCAGUGUUCUGGAGUCUUCUCCACGCAACCCCUCCCCUGUGGUACAAAAUGGUGACAAAGAGGACCGUCACCUCACUACCCUGCCCUCGAGCUCGGGGUCGUCAUUGCUAACGUUACCGUCACCAGGGGAACCAGGCUCAGAACCCCUCUCGUCUGGACCAUCCUUUCCUGACCAGGACUCUGUCAGCAUCCCAGAGGAUGUGUUUGAUGGACACCUGUUGGGCUCCAAUGACAGCCAGGUGAAAGAGAAGUCCACUAUGAAGGCCAUUCUAGCCAACUUGCUGCCAGGCAACAGUUACAACCCCAUCCCAUUCCCAUUCUUGAAUCCCGGUGUUGACGGGAAAAAUCACCACUAUAUCAGUGACCCAGACAAGCAUUACCUGAUGUAUGAGCAUGAGAGAGUGCCCAUAGCCGUGUGUGAGAGAGAACCCAGCUCCAUCAUUGCAUUCGCUCUCAGCUGUAAGGAGUAUAAGACCGCUCUGGAUGAGCUGUCAAAGACAACGGUGAAGGCUGGAGGCGAGGACACCACCCAAACCAUCAGCUCCGGAGAGAGCCGGGCCAAGAACAGCCCAGCCAAGCCCAAUGAGACGGCCUCCUCCCAGAUGGGUCCGGGCCGCAGCAGCAUGGACGCUGACCCUCUCAAAGAUGCAGACAUAGGAGACAAGCACAAGAAGUCAGCCGGAAACCCUCAUAUCGAAUUACAGUUCUCUGAUGCCAAUGCUAAGUUCUACUGCAGGAUCUACUAUGCAGAGGAGUUCCACAAGAUGAGAGAGGAGAUCAUGGACAGUACGGAGGAUGACUUUGUCCGCUCGCUCUCCCACUGCGUCAACUGGCAGGCCCGUGGCGGCAAGUCUGGGGCCGUCUUCUACGCCACCGAAGAUGACCGGUUCAUCCUGAAGCAGAUGCCCAGACUAGAGGUUCAGUCCUUCCUGGACUUUGCCCCUCACUACUUCACCUACAUCACCGGAGCUGUGCAGCAGAAGCGACCCACUGCCCUGGCUAAGAUCCUGGGUGUGUACCGGAUCGGCUACAAGAACUCCCAGAACAACUCAGAGAAGAAGCUGGAUCUGCUGGUCAUGGAGAACCUGUUCUAUGGCAGGAAGAUGGCCCAGGUGUUCGACCUCAAGGGUUCUCUGAGGAACCGCAACGUUAAGACAGACUCUGGGAAGGAGAGCUGUGAGGUGGUUCUGCUGGAUGAGAACCUACUGAAGCUGGUCCAUGACAACCCUCUGUACAUCAGAGCCCACUGCAAGGCCAUCCUGAGGGCGGCCAUACACAGUGAUGCCUACUUCCUGUCUAGUCACCUGAUCAUAGACUACUCUCUGCUGGUUGGACGAGAUGACACCACAGACCAGCUGGUGGUGGGAAUCAUAGAUUACAUUCGGACAUUCACAUGGGAUAAGAAGCUGGAGAUGGUGGUGAAAUCCACAGGGAUCCUGGGAGGGCAAGGUAAGAUGCCCACAGUGGUGUCUCCGGAGCUGUACCGAUCGCGUUUCUGUGAGGCCAUGGACAAAUACUUCCUCAUGGUGCCUGACCACUGGACAGGUCUAGGGGUCAACUGCUAACUGACACCAGGGAGCUAGCCUGAGUUCCAGAUCUGUUUGUGUCGUCUAGCCAAUUCCUUUGUCAUUGUCACGGCAUGUUUGGCAACACAGCAUAAACGGAUCUGGGACUCCGCUGCUAGCUGCAGAACACAACAUGGGCAUCAGUUACCAGGGGGGACAGGAGAUUACAAUGCAGAAAAACCCUUUGCCCAAUAAGGAACCAUAAAAGCAUACUGGAAGGAUUGAUGAAGAGUAAUGCAAGGCCAGUAUACAACGACUCAAUCAUUCCAUAGUAUUAUGAUGAUCUACUAGACUGUAAACGAGUGACUAGAGUAUUAUUGGAAGUCAUGACUGUCCAGUAAAAGCUGGGCCCUAAUUUAUCCUGACAUGGAAAGAACUUAAUUCCCUAAUCUUGACGUGUCAAACUGUUUCACGCGGGCAAAGUGAGAUGGCACUGAAAAAAAAAAAUCUUACUUGGUGGUCCUAGUUUGGUGAACAAAUGUGAUGUAAAUGUACAGAGAGUAUGUAAUUAAAGAUUAACACUGAUUUCACAAAUGUUUUAAA